CCCACCAAGCCCAGAUCUUAACUACUUGAAGCAGUAGUAGUACUAAAAUACGGUGAGAGAAUGCAACGGUUUUUGUCACCGCAACAGUAAUAUUGUGCUCAAGAUGGGCAUGAAUCGUGAAUUCAACGGUGAUGUUCUUUCCCAGGGCGAGCUCGUCAUCGCAUUGCGUGCUUCGGGUGGAAUCUUCUGCUAUGCUCUGGAUUUUGGGACUGCAAUUGACUCACCCUUUGCUGCUCUAUAAAUUCGGCUCGACUCUUUAUUCCUCUGUUCUUUUCGGUUCCUAUAAUUUUCGGCUUUUUUUACCCUUCUUUUUCACUUUUUCUUCGGCGUACAUUGAGGCGUUGUUGGGCGAGCGUGCAAUUAUUCCAGUUCAGUCCGAUAGAACAUCAUACAAUAUAGAAUGGCAUCCGCAGCUAUAGUGGUGGCUGCAGACAGCGCAGUCAACCCCUCGGCCUUGCCAGCAGUGCCACCAACAAUACCUCUAGAGUCUUACAAUGAGUCCGAGUCCGCGCUCAGGUCGUCGAAAGACAAAGACAAAGACACCAGCACCAACCACAUCAUCUCAUCCCCUUAUACAACCGCAGAGCACCUGCUGGAUCUCUCAACCCUCGACGCCGCAAACCAAUUCCUAGCACAAGCCCUAACAACACUCACGCCCAUCCGGCCAGACUACGCGACAGCGCCCUAUGUCGAAGCCUUCAAUUGGAACUCUGUCUUCGAAACCCUGCACGAUAUCGCAGCGAAACAAGGAGAGCAGCCCUGGACACAGCACAGCUUCUAUGUAGUUGCUUUCCGAUCAAUUCUGCGCGCAGAUGCGGACCCCGACCGACUGCAUUUGCUCGAUGAGCGGUCUCAUGCGGAGGCCGUGGCGAGUGGCGGGUUGCUGAAGUAUUGGUUUGGGAGUAAGAAUGAGAAGAGAGAGAAUCUUGCUACUUGUGUAUGGAGGAGUCGAGAAGACGCACGAGCUGGCGGGACGGGGCCGUGGCAUGCGCAGGCGCGAAGGGCUGCGAAGACAAUGUAUGAGCGAAUUGAGUUCACGACUUUGGAGCUCGUGGUGGGCGAGAAAGCUGGGGAUUGGGAGUUCAAGGAGUGGAAGGAUUAAAUCGGUUAUGAAUCAUGGGAUGGGUUUUUGACAUACGGGCGUAUUAGGUGGUCCAUUGGUGUUCUCUCUCGGUUUGAUAUAUCGUCAGGCUUGACAUUUUAUUGCCUUAAAGAGUAACAUUACUUUAAGUGGAAGAUUACUUGAAAUGGAACAUUACGUUUAAUGGGAUCAUGGGACAGGCUUUAAAAGGGAAUCUUU